CCGCCAUCUUUGAAUCUAGACACAAGUGAACCACCCUUACUUACCUUCAAGCGAGAUGAGUCAAGUCCAAUCAAGUCCAAUUCGCCCACGAUGGCACCAUCUCCACCUUCACCAAGAGCAAAUAAAGGAAGGGUCGGUAAAAGAUUAUCAGCCACACUGAGUACAAUGAUUCAUCCCCAACAAAGUAAUCCGCAUGGAAAUAAUAAUAGCAUCAAUGGAGGAGCACUAGCAAAGACGAUCCAUGAGACCAAGUAUAUCGAGGCAUCCGAGCUGGGUGAUAUCCUAGAGCAAUCUUUAACGGUAGAACCAUUAAUGAUUGAUAUGCGGUCAUUAGAGAAUUAUGAAAAAUCACGUAUCCGACACUCGAUCAAUGUCAAUGUGCCCAGUUUACUGAUCAAAAGAUACAAGCGAGGUGUUGUUUCUAAUUUCAACCUGUCCAGCUUCAUCACCACGCCUGAAGGCACUGACUACUACAACCGUUGGAUGAGCAAAUUUAAUAUAGAAGAUAACAAUAUUCAAAACUUACCCGAGGGAGCUAAAUUUAUUGUCUAUGAUGAUCAUAUGAUGAAUGAAGAUACAACUACAGCAGUUUGGACACUAAUGGCUGUGAUUGCAAAGAACUUGAAUGUAGCUUCCAACGUCAAUUGGUUAAAGCAUGGUUACUAUGCCUUUGAAAAGUGGGAUUUCAAUGGACGCUAUAUUGUCCAUUUUAAUCAUUCACCUCCAUUACCUAUACCUUUAUUCAAACCUACUCCUAUGAUCUCUCGCAGUGCAACCACCCUAUCCAACAAAAACAAUCAAAUCAAUGUACAAAGAAGAGCUAGUUUAUUCAGUCUCGACACCACCACACUCCGAUCCAAGCAUCCUUCUGCUAUGGCCAAUGUAAAUACCACUCCUCCUCAGAGAAGGAUAUCCAGUAUAAAUGAAAAGCCUUGCUUGUUUUCACCAAGCACACCUGCAACCACCACCUCGCCCGAUGUUUUCCACACACCAUUAGAGCAGUUCCCCACAGCCUCCACUAUGUUGACUGCCAAUCAUACACCCAAAGUGGAUGGUGAAUUUGAUUUUGUCAUAUCCGAAAUCAUUCCCCAUUUCUUGUACUUGGGUCCUGAAAUAGCCACGCCAGAUCAACUGGGUGGGCUAAAGUCAAAAUCGAUCAAACGGAUCCUCAACAUGGCAGAAGAGUGUGAUGAUGAUGUUCCCAGUUUGAAAGAAACCUUUAAAUAUGUAAAGAUAGAUGCCAGAGAUACUGUAGAAAUGCAAAAUGUAGAGGAAACCCUUAGAAAAGCUGUACAAGUUAUUGAUGAUGCAAAGAAACAUCAUGAACCUAUUUAUGUACACUGUAAGGCAGGUAAAUCAAGAUCUGCAGCGGCUAUAUUAGCUUAUUUGGUACUAUCAGAACAUUGGACCCUUAAACGAGCUUACCGUCAUAUUGUCAAAGCAAGACCCAACAUUUCUCCAAACAUUGGCUUUGUUGCCGAACUCAUGAAACUGGAGGAAGGCGUGCAUGGCGUCGUAAGCAAUUUUGCUGGUACCGAUUGGCACCUGACAGACGCUACCCAUCCACCCAGUCCUGAUACCCAAAAGGAGAUGGGAAGAUUAGAAAAGGCUUGGAAGAGAGGCAGAUCCCAAAGUGGAAGUAGACAUCGUUCUUUGAGCUCUAGUAGUAGAGGAAGUAUCAUCUUUAGUGCCAAAGAUAAUUAGUAUUUAUAUCCCCCCCCCUCCCUUUUUUUUUUUUUUUUUUUUUUUGGUAAUAAAGAC